AGUGCAGCCGUACCUCGCCAAUAACAGGACUGUUAGUCCUGAUGGGAACCAGCGCCUGUGAAUCAUUAAAACGCCAACUGCACUAUGCAUUAAAGAGAACAGCAGUUCGGGACAGCGUCAGGACAUGUCAGAAAGCUCCUCAGGUGUAGUAACGAACAAUGACAGUUAUCCCAAGUCUCACUCUGCCCACUACUCUGACCUCAGCGACGCCCACACGUCUCCAGCAGGGCCUUCCCGGCAAAGGGUCUCAGUGCAGCAGAGUCUGGAUUCAGGCUUCAUCGCCACCCCUUCACCUUCCAGCCGUUUCCGCUUCGUCUCUUGGUACAAGUUAGAGAAACACGAUGUCCGUGGAGACCAGCUCGCCUGCCCUAGGGUCAGAGAAGGUCCUUCAGAGGAGGAGCUCUUUCUCAGAGGGGAGCAGAAUGUGCUCAUGGAGAGGAGGAGAGGGGAAGAGGCCCAGAAGUGGGAGCAGAGACUGCAGGAGAACUGGGAGAACUGUGUGGAGCUGAACCUAUCCUACCAGGACCUGGGGGACCCGUUCCAGCUGGAGAACUUCAACAGGAUUCUGCGUAGGCUGAUACGAGCAGAGCGCCUGCAGCUGGUGGACAAUGCGCUGAGGGACCUGAGUUCUAUUCGACUGCCAAGAUGCAUGAGCCUGAAUCUGCAUAGGAACCAUUUGACGUCAAUCCGACAGCUGCCAAAGAUCCCUAGGAUCCAGCACCUAUGCCUGUCGGAGAACAGCAUCGAGGCCCUGGGGGAGCUGGCAUUACUGGGCUCCACACCCCUCCAGUCUCUCACCCUUAGCCGAAACCCCUGUGAGUUCCUGGAGGACUACCGCUCACGGUGCGUGUCCCUUGUUGUUUCCACAGAGUGUUCUCCUGCUUGCCAAAACUCGAAGUCCUGGACGGGAUCCCCAAACUGCCAGAAGAUUCUGUGCCUCCUAAGCCCCUGGCCACUUCCAGGAUGUGCGUUAUUCUCUGAGAGGGUGAACUGUCCCCUCAUGCCAUUUUAAUGUGCUCUUCUGAAACAUUUAUGUUUAAUCUAUUCCAAAUGUUUUAUACUGGCAUGCAAACCCAAUAAUAUAGUAUUAUCUAAUCUAAGAUUAUGCGUAUUAACUGGAAAAUACAGAGAUAUUACAUAUGAAUUAUAUACAAGUUUCCAUAAGACAUUUUCAACCUAACAGUGACUUUUGUAUUUGUAGACACUUUAAGCCAUUUUGUGUACAUGCAUUUUCAACAGAUUGUCAGUUGUGCCUGGUUAAUUUUUUUUUCCAGGUGGAAUCUUUAUCAAUUCACCUUUUGUGGAGAAACUAGAAGUAAAUGCAAGUUAUUAUUCUUUGUUUCAGUGUUUAAACCAUUUAAAAUUAGGAUGUUCACUGGAGUAACCAUAUCCUCAAUCAUAUUCUGUCACACUCCGUGCUCUCCUGUCAUAGCGUCUUCUGUGUCUCUUGUCCUUGUUUGCUUUCCGUAGUCAUGACUUCACCUGUGACUCAUUACCUGUCUCCCUUCACCUGCACCUGUUAGUAAUCUCAGUUCAUUUGUUUGUGUAUUUAUACCUGUCAGUUUGCCUAGUUUCUUUGCCAGAUUGUUAUGUUAUAUGACCUAUAUCGAACCGAUAUCUGUACCGUUGGCUCUUUGGACUGCCUUUCUGUGUUUGGACUUUUGCCUGUGACAUCGAAUACGAUCUUGAUUAUCUCUGUCACACCUGUUUGCCAGCAUUCAACCCUUGCCUGCCUGAUCUGCCUGUCAUUGAAUAAAGACAUUUAUUCUGCCUA